UCUAAUUCCCAAUGAAAACUAAGCAUGACUAGCUGUAGCGUUGUUAUAGUUGAUGCGAACACAAACAAAUCUCUGAGCUGAGAUGCUGCACAGAUAGAUAAUUUAAGACACAACCAAUCACUUUGGUUUCUUCAUUUCAGAACACAUUUUCUCCCUCCUCCCUUUAUAAAUUAUAAAGAUCGCACACACUAACAUAACACAACACACACACAACACUCAUUCUUCUUUCCUUCUCUCUCCCUCUCUCUCUCUCUACUCAUUACAGAACACAAUGUCGGCUUACAGAGACGAAGACCCCCGUCUUCAUGGCAUCAAAACUAAGAUUCGUGUCGUCCCACACUUUCCCAAAUCCGGAAUAAUGUUCCAAGACAUCACUACUCUCUUGCUCGAUCCCAAAGCCUUCAAGGACACCAUCGACUUGUUCGUGGAGCGUUACAAAGGCAAAAACAUUUCUGUUGUUGCAGGUAAAUACUUGCUCUAUUACCAUCAGCAACAUGAUUUUGGAGUUCCUUUUUUCUUCUUCAGCGGUGUUUAUCUUUUCUGGAGGGUGGUGGUGGUGGUGUCACUUACAAGUGUGGAUAGGUCCAAAGUGGGUGGGGUCCAUGUUUGCGAGAAAGUUGGGCGGAAUAUGCACUGGACAGUCUUGUAUAUUAUUUUUGGAAUUGAAGCUCGGGGAUUCAUAUUCGGUCCUCCCAUAGCAUUGGCAAUUGGAGCAAAGUUUGUACCAUUGAGGAAACCAAAGAAGUUACCUGGGAAAGUGAUAUCUCAAGAGUAUAUUCUGGAGUAUGGAAGGGACUGUCUUGAGAUGCAUGUUGGAGCAGUUGAAGCUGGUGAACGCGCUAUAGUGGUUGAUGAUUUGAUUGCAACUGGUGGAACACUCUGUGCUGCUAUGGACUUACUCGAACGUGUGGGAGCAGAGGUAGUGGAGUGUGCCUGUGUAAUAGAAUUGCCAGAACUGAAGGGGCGCGAACGGUUGAAUGGGAAGCCUUUGUAUGUGUUGGUGGAAUACUUGGAAGUAUGAGACAACACAAUUGCAAUGGCAAUGGCAAUGGCAAUGCCUAUGGCUAUGGCUUCCUUUUCCCAUACAAAUUAAUCAAUAUUUGUAUCACCCUCUCCUCUCAUCUCUUCUCUUCUUCAUGCCUUACCCUUAAAUAAAACUUCAUAACUUUGGCUACACCCAUUUAUUCUACAUUUUCUUUGGUUUUUUCUGCUGUGUCUCUGUGUUUGGUUGGGGAUUGGUCCGAAUCAAACUAAUCAAUAUUGGAUAAGGCGCACUUCUCACUAGUUAGUAACUUGUUUUAGUAUGUUAUAUUAUAACCAUAAUGAAAAGGAUGUAUGUAGUUCUACCAAUUAAGUUCCAAGGUGGUUCACGAGAUUAGCUGUCUA